CUCCAACUCCCACAAUGCAUCACUUCAGACACAGCUCCAAGCAGUCGGUACCUCGGAGCACAUCACUGUGGACUCGCCGUGCUCAAGAGCAAUGGCAGCCGCCUUAUCCCGCGCCCUCAAACUGCCAGGAAAGAAAGGCUCCGAGCUGGGCGAGUACGACCCGCUCACCCAAGCUGACAGCGAGGAUGAGAGUGAAGAGGACGACCUGGUCCUCAAUUACCCCCGCAACGGUCUGGGCCGGGACACUCACCUGGGCCCCAGAGGGAGAACCGGGCGACUAGUGGCGGCCGAAGACGGGGAGGCGGAGGACGAGGACGAAUGGCGAGAGCGGCCCGCCAGCAAGUCCCGCCCGGACAGAGACGAUGGGCGGCACUGGGGCCCUUCAGGGGACGACGUGGGGCAAGCGGGAACAUCCGGUCUUCGAGUUCGCGGUACCGAUGAGGAAGAGAAAAGGAUGAGGAGGAAGAACGCUGCGCGGGCUUCCUGUUUCCUGCUGCCUCUGGUGUGCGCCAUGGUGUUGGUGCUGCUUGGCGCGUUCCUCAUUCCUUGCCAGAAGGGGGCGCUGGCGAAGAGGCCGCAGUGGGAGAGAAGACAGGGAGAUGCAGCAGGUGUGACUCCACCUGCCCUGGCGUUAUGGGAUGUGGACGGGGACUCGGUGGAUGACGUGCUACUCAGUGUGAGCGAGUGCACCAACGACACACGUGUCACUCAAGGAACCAAAAUCCACAGUGCCGUGGUCCUGUCCGGCGCCACGGGCCAGGUGCUCUGGACGAAAGUCACGUUGGAGUCGGUCAUGUACGUCCAAUGUGGUCUCCGGAUCAGCGCCCGGCCAACACCCGUGUGUCUCCUCAUCGGCAAGUCCGUCAUCACGGCUGUGAACGGCACCACAGGGAAGAACCUGUGGUCUGUCCUGCUGAAGAACAUCGAGUCCCAGGCGGUCUUACUCCCAGACCUCCAGGAGGACUCCAUCCCAGACCUGCUCAUAGCCACCCUGCCUGCAGAUGAGGCUCUGGAUCUCUCUCUGACUCUAAAGUCGGGGCUGACUGGAGAAACUCUGGGACAGUCCGUGUCCUUCAACCUCACAGGACAAGGGAAGCUGAUCGGACCACUUCUGCACCAGACACAGCAAGGGGCGGCCUACAUCCUGUUCGGCCUUGGUAACGUGGUGGCCGUCUCUCUGCGCGAUGUCUACAUCCGUGCAACCGGCAAGUCGCCCAUGGCUCAGGCGCUCUGGCGGAAGGAUCCAGGAUGGGAGAGUCUCGAUAAAACUAAUUCCUCUUCCUUCAUACACAUUUUCAGAGGAUCAGAGCGUGUGGACUUCCUGCUCCCCCUGGUGGCCGGUUUGGGCAGCUGCGACAACAACCUGGACACGGUCGCCAACCUGAACUCCAGCAAGAGCGACUGGGUGCUGGUGUACGGCUCCAGCAAACUCUCCGUGCUCAGACAGAGGGACGUACGAAAACAGUGGACCUUUAACUCCGCCCCCAUCCACAGCCAACCAACACCAGGACACUUCAACGAUGAUGGAAUCCUUGAUAUUUUCCUUCAGCACUCAUCAAAGGGCGUCAUGACGGCGCUGGUGAUCGACGGGGCCAACGGGCGCCCUCUCUGGACGGCACAGUUCGUGUGCCCUCGUCUGGUUUUGGAAGCGGCAGCGGUCGCCACUUCCACUGGUCUGUCUGCUUUUGUCUUCUGGGCCAGUGAGCCAAUCAGAGCGUGGAAGAAUAUCACCACAGCAACUGUAACUCCUGGUGUUGCUGAGCCGGUCAUAAGAAAGCUCUUCCUGUUGCACCCAACGCUUCCCACAAUCCUCCAGGAGCUGAGCAGCACCACAGACACAGUGGUGGCAGCAGCAGUGAGUUACGAGGAGCUUCUGAAAGACGCGACCUAUAUCACCGUGUCCUCGAGGCCCACGCCCAACUCGCAGCCCGCCGCCCGGAUAGUGAGGAGCAUGAGCCUCCGCGCCGCCCUCGCCAAAGGACACACACUCUCACUCGGCGACGAGACCGGGACGGCGCACGAGAUCAUCGAGGCGUUCUUCAGACGCUUGUUCUUCAGACGUCAGUGAGACACUGAAUGAAGCACGAGACACCAGUGACUGACCUCAAGGGAGCAUAGAAGAUAUUUAGAUCUCACUAGUCCAAUUCAUCAGUAUUUAAUAUUUUUCUGUCAAAUGUCUUUUUUUUUUCAAAUAACUUUUGUCAUUUUAUUCUAUGUUUCUUUUCAUUUGUUUGUAUUUAAUUUAAUUUAUUUUUUCUGUCAGUCUUUUUAUUUUAUUUUAUUUUAUGUUUCUUUCAAUUGAAUUUGAUUUCAUUUUAUCUUGUCUGUAUUUAAUUUUUCUGUCAGUCUUUUUUUUUUUUUUUACAAAUAACCAUUUUUUAUGUCAUUUUGUUUUAUAUUUCUUUUAAUUUAAUUUGACUUCAUUUUUUUCAUUUUAUUUAUUUUAAUUUAGUUUUGUUUUAUUUUAUUUAUUUAUUUUUCUGUCUUUUUUUUUACAAAUACCUUAAUGUUUAUGUCAUUUUAUUUUAUAUUUCUUUAAAUUUGAUUUCAUUUUGUGUAUUUCAUUUCAUUUUUAUUUUUUUUCAUUUUAUUUGUUUUAUUUAAAUUGUAUUUCGUUUUAUUUUAUUUGUAUUUCAUUUCAUUUGUUUGUUUUAUUUUAUUUGUAAUUCAUUUAAUUGUUUAUCUUAUUAAUUUUAAUUUGUUUUAUUUUUUGUAUUUAAUUUAAUUUUUCUGUCAAAUAUUAGUCUUUUUUUUUUACAAAUAAUUAUUUUUUAUGUCAUUUUAUUUUAAAUUUCUUUUAAUUUAAUUUAAUUUUUUAUUUCAUUUUAUUUGUAUUUUUCUGUCUUUUUUUAACGCCACUUAAAUAACUAAGUGGCGUUGAAGCAUGUUUUAACAUUUCAUUGAAUGUUCCACGAUUGCUGCGACUUGAAAUGAAAACGUGUUUACGUCACUUGUUGAACUCUUCAUGAUGAAAAUAUUCACUUUUGUACAGUAUUUAUUUGGUGUACUCGGCUGGUCACACCUUGUAUCGUACACCACAACUUCUUCUCUAGCAUAAAGAUCCAAAUAUGUACCAUAGUGCUGCAUUUUAUCAAUGGAUUGUGUAGCGUUUGCCUCGUUUUUGACCGUGAUGGCAAACUAAAAUAGUGUAAUGAUAACCGUAGAACCGUGGUACAAUUGAGUACAUUGAUCAAUAGAUGCCAUGUUGAACAUACAAGUUGUGUUCUUAUGCUGUAGUACUUCCCAGUAGUUUUACUUUCAAUACACUGUUGACAUUUGUACUUGGAUGUUGGUUAGCAAUGUCAAAUUGUUAUUCAGUAUGAAUGAAAACAUUGCCUGCGCCGUUAAUAAAAGUGUUAUGCUGUUCCUUUCUUGCUGUUUGUAUCGUUUGUCAGAAGUGUCCAAACUUACAGAAACAUUUAAUGAUGCGUAGGACCCAUCCAAUGCUUUAAGUGAAAUGGAGUAAAAACAUGGCAAUAUAUUUAGAAAGUGUUUUUGUUGCUUUUUUGGCAAGUGGAAAUGAAAAAAAAUAGUGAGUUACCCAGAAUAACUACAAACUAAUAUAACAGCUUAUUUUGAAACACUAGCACAGGGGUCACCAACCUUUUUGAAACCAAGAGCUACUUCUUGGGUACUGAUUAAUGCGAAGGGCUACCAGUUUGAUACACACUUAAAUAAAUUGCCAGAAAUAGCCAAUUUGCUCAAUUUACCUUUAACUCUAUGUUAUUAUCAAUAAUUAAUGAUAUUUAUCUUUGUGGAAACACUGAUCAUCUUAAUGAUUUCUCACAAUAAAUAUAUAUAGAAACAGAUAAAUAUCAAUAUGCAACACUUUAUUUUUAUAUUUUCUCUAAGUGCACAUUUUUCAAAUUGAAUAUUUUCAAAUGAUCACUUCUAAGACAGUCUUGUGAAAUCACAAUAUCCCAUUUUAACUAGCUAGCCACUAACAUUUUUUAACAAAUCAUGAAUUACUUUGCACCAUGUUUGUACAAAUAACUCAUGUAAUAUACAAAAGUCAACUCUCAAAUUUUUAAAUAAAUCAUGUCACACUUUGAACUGGACACCAAAUCUGUUAUCUGUUUCUUCGUCAGUUAGUGGGAAGCCUGGCAUUGCAUGCUGUUAACUAGUGUGUUGUACUCUGGUGUGUAACUUGACACUGCAACUCUGAGUGAGUCUUGCAGAUGUGAGGCGUGUUCUGUGUUU